AUGCGAUCUCGUCGGCCGAGUGGCGCAAGCGCUUGUGAGCGCCAACCCCUGUGGGCAAGGCCAGAUGAACUGGAGGAGAACAAUAACAAAGACUUCAACAAUAAACGCCACCUGGGUCUAUUCUCGACGGCCCUACUCCUGACUAACCGCAUGAUCGGCGCCGCCAUCUUCUCCGUACCAUCUUCCAUCUUUCUCAGCGUCGGCAGUGUGGGUGCAGCACUUUCGCUAUGGGUGGUGGGAAUCUUCCUGACCUUCUGCGGGUUUUACAUCUACCUGGAACUGGGGUGUCUAAUGCCGCGCACUGGUGGGGAGAAAGUGUACUUUGAUACGGCAUAUCCUCGCCCUUACCGUCUCGCUAGCACGCUUUACGCGUUCUAUGUGCUAUUUGGAUUCCCGGGCCUGGCCAGUAUUGUAGUCGCCGAUAACACCCUCCUUGCGUUCAAUAUCGCUGCCAGUGAGGCUGGGCAGCGACUGGCUGCGGUUGGAAUAAUGGCCUUGGUCGCAGCAUGCCUUUCUAUAUCCCGCGAAUGGAGCGUACGAAUUGUCAACUCGUUAAGCUUACUAAAGCUUGCGACCUUCCUGUUGAUUCUUGCAACCGCGUUUGCCAUCCUUGUGGGAGUGCUUCCAAGAAAUGCUGAUACCGGUGCCAAUUUUCGCCAGCCAUUCGCUGGUUCUUCGACCACGGUAUAUGAUUACACUGUCUCGCUUUUCAAAGUACUAGAAUCUUUCCUGGGUUGGAACAGUGCAGGCAUGGUGUUAGGGGAGGUCAAGAACCCUCGGAGGACCCUCAAGGCGGCCGGUCUGCUCGGGGUCAGCUCAGUUGGCAUACUCUAUCUGCUAAUCAAUGUCUCUUAUUUUAUUGUCGCUACACCGGAUGAUAUUAGCCGGGCCGGUGUGCAGCUGGUCGCCCGACUUCUGGGCAACGUUUUCGGGAGCGCAGCCUCGCGUGUCACCGCGGCUAUGGUAGCUCUCUCCACCUUUGGCAGUAUGAUCUCCACGGCAUUCGCAGUCACACGGGUAAUCCGGGAACUCGCAGUGGAAGGAAUCGUUCCCGCGGCUAGUAUUCUGUCCAAGACGUCCAAGUCCGGUAACCCAGCCACAGCGACAUCGGUGUUUAUGUUCGGGCCUUCGGUAGUGGCAGUCUUACUCUUACCCUUUGGGGAUGCUUAUGCCUUUCUACUAGAUGUGAACCAGUAUUUCCUGGUGAUGAUAUACGGUGCUGUCGUGGUAGCUCUUUUCAUCAUCCGACAACACGUCCCAUCUGCCGAGUACCCAUUCCGCGUGUGGACUUGGGUACCAUAUCUCUUUCUCGCUUGUCAAGUUUUCCUACUGCUCUCCCCUCUUGCAUCUCCCAGUGGGGCUGGCGACACCAAUUUGCCCUUCUGGCUUGCCCCUUCUGUGUCCUUCUUGGUGAUCGGACUCGGCGUUAUGUACUGGCGACUGAAGUCGUUCGUCGCCCCUGUAGGGGACGAACCAUUCUGGAACCGACAGGAUAAUCCUCAGUCAUAUGGUUCCGUGGCCGCGUCAUAA